UUUGUUCUUCGGUCUCUGGAGGAAGAAGAGCAAAGACGAAUGGAGGUGACGUUCGAGGACGUGGCCAUCUUCCUGACCCGGUGGGAAUGGAAGAGUCUGACAGAUGCUCAGAGGGAGCUCUAUAAGAGCGUCAUGUCGGAGAACUAUGAACAUCUACGUUCACUGGGAGCCGGAUGUCCGAUGCCUAACUGUAUCCGCCAGCUGGAGAAGGGGAAAGAUCCAUGUAUUCCCGAACCUCCAGUUCACCAUAGAUGGAUUUUCCCCGAACAGGCCUGGAUAGAAGAAAUCAGGGAAGAGCAAACGCACAGCCCAGCGUUUGCAGAAUCCCAUGGAGAUGUUUCCCACCAUCCUCAAAAGGGAAGAUCCCUGGAGAAUCCAUGGGGAUCUAAGAGGAAACGAGACCUGCAAGUAGAGAGGAGGGGGGUGCGGAAGCCAGUGCCCACGGGAGAGAAGCCCUUUGAACAUCUCGAGUGUGGGAAUCGAGAAGAUGGCGUCACGCACAUGAAGACGCACACUGGAGAGGAGUUCUAUACAUGUAGCGUGUGUGCCUCGGGCUUCAUACAGAAGAAGAGUCUCACCGCCCAUGAGAGGAUGCACAAUAAAGAUAAACCCUUCCAGUGUCUGGAGUGUCAGAAGAGCUUUAUGGUCAAAAAAUGUCUACAAGUGCAUAUGCGAGUGCACAAGGGAGGGAAGCCCUAUGAAUGUCUCAAGUGUGGGAAAAUCUUCAGCCAGAAGAGCUAUCUGAUAAGUCAUGAAAGGAUUCACACAGGCAUCAAACCUUUUGUGUGUCUCCAGUGCAACAAAAGCUUCAGAGAGAACAAAGGUUUCAUUGCCCACAUGAGAGUCCACACUGGCGAAAGACCCUUUCUGUGUCCGGAGUGCCACAAGAGGUUCAAGAGCAGUGGAAGUCUUAAACGGCAUAGGCUACUGCACACGGGAGAGAAGCCCUACAAAUGCCUCGAGUGCGGGAAGGCCUUCAGCCAGAAGAACAGUCUGACGAUGCACAAGAGGAGUCACACAGACAAAAAACCUUAUGUGUGCCUCCAGUGCAAGAGAAGCUUCAGAGAGAAGACCGCUCUCAAUACCCACAUGACAGUGCACACUGACGAAAGACCCUUUCAGUGUCCAGAGUGCCAGAAGAAGUUCAAGAUCAGAGGAAGUCUUAGACGGCAUAGGCGAAUGCACGCGGAAGAGAAGCCCUUUGAAUACCUUGAGUACGGGAAGGCCUUCAGCUGUAUGAGCAGUCCGAUGGCGCACCAGAGGAUUCACAGAGGCGUCCAACCUUGUGCGUGUCCCCAUUGUGAGGAAAGCUUUGGGUUCAAAUCCCAGCUGGCGGCCCAUAUGACACUUCAUGCAAGGGAGAAGCCCGGUGAAUGCGUUGCUUGAAAACUUCCAGCCAGAUAGGGAGUCUACCUUCCCACAAAAGAAUCCACAAUGGGGAAAGAUCUAGGCCCCGGGAGCAGCCAGGCUGCUCUGUCGCUGCAGCCGGGAUGGCGGUGUCCGACUAUGUGGAUUGAUCCCUUCGUGCUCCCGCCUCGUGGCAUCAUGUAAGACCCGCAUCAUGUAAGGAAAGCCGUUUGUAGCACGAUCAAAGUUCCCGAUGUUUGGUUCUCUUUCUCAAA